AACGUUCCUUUAAUUGUUAUUUAACUGGAAUUCCUUCUCUAAAAGAAACAAAAAUUUUUUUAUUGGUAUUGUAUCCCUGAAAUGUUGAGUUUUGUCAAUAUCGAUUACUUUGAAAUAAUCGCAGCCUCUUGAUGUACAAUCUGCUUGACCAUUAAUAAUACAAAUAUAAACAAACGAAUCUGUGUCAUCUCUAUUAAAAAAUGCAGCACUUAAAGCUACAAGAGGAAAUCAAGGAAUUGAAGGGCAUAGGCCUGCGCUUCGAGCAGCAGCUAAAGCUGGCAAGCGUCGAGAUCGGUGACUUCUCCGACGAAGACCUGGCGCUCCUUGACAAAUGCGUUCAGUAUUAUGAAGAUAACCACAUCCACGAAUUUAGCCUGAACUAUUUGCGCGACUUCUACUAUGCCAAGAAGCGGGACUGCAUUGAAAACAAGCAGACACGACUAGAACAAAGCGCCGAUCUACAACGCAUUAACUCUGCUCUCGACGAGGCAGUUAAAGAAGUAGCCAUGUUGGAGCGAUUUAAAUGUGUCGCGGAAGAGCGUUUUAUUCCAGAAUCUGUUGUUUUACAGCGAAACAGCCAACAACAUGCUACCAAGGAGGAGUUGUUAGACCGACAGAGAGCACUAAAGAUACCUAAUGAUUUCAAAAUAGAAAGCGUCAUUGAGAAGGUAGGCUCGCUGGAGCGGCGCUAGUGAAUUCCGGACACGGUUUUUUAAAAAAAAUGAUUUAUUGUGUAUUUACUCAGUAAUGAAAAAAUCACUUUACAAUAACAUAAAAUCUGCAAAUUAAAAAGACUAAUUUAAGCAAGCAAAA